CGUCGAAAGGCGAAGAAGCAUUCAGAUCGUGUUCUCAUCCUGAAGCCAAACAUCCGUCUUAUCGCUGAAUCCUACUACAAGAAGGAUCCCGAUCGAAUCUCGAAUCUUCGGUUAUUUUUUGCCAUAUACAUAGAAUAUUUGUUAAUGUUUUUCGCAUUCAAGAUUAUACUCAUCAAUCGUAGCACUGUGCAAUUGUUUAGGCUGGAUAUGCUGUCUCAGAUAUUGCUGUUGAGUGGACUGCGAAGUGGAUCAAGGUGUUUGGUGUUCGAGCAGUGUUUAGGUUUGCUGACAGCGGCCAUUAUCGAGCGUUUAGGUGGUGAGGGAGCAUGUGUACACAUACACCGAGGACUCAUAGCGCAAGCCAUUCCCUGUGUGCAGAGUAUGGAUUUCGACGAACAGACAUAUUCGACAUUUUUACCGCUGCGAGUCGCAACCUUACUGAACGGUAAGGUGGACGAGGAUGAAGAGAACGCCGAAUCUAGCAGCAGUAAUAUGCUGAAAUCGAUAAGGCAUUACUUUCAGUCGGAGGCGUCGUUAGCACGUCGAAUGGAUCGUUUGAGACGAGAGAAGAUCGCGUGGCAGUUGAUCAGUGAUCAGCAAAUUGAUUGUUUAUUUAUUGCGGUGAAAGGUGUGGAUCCGACUGAUGUCCUGGCGCGUACAUGGCACAGUUUACGACUCGCCUCAACCAUAGUGCUGUAUUCACCAAUUUCUGAGCCACUGAUCUGUGCGUAUAAUUGGUUGAAAGAGAACGGUGCAGUUCAUGUGCAAGUGUGUGAUUCCUUUCAACGUUCCUAUCAGGUUCUGCCGGAGAGUACGCAUCCGGUUAUGCAACAGCUUGUGGCGGCCGGUUUCAUUUUGUCGGCCAUUAAAGUUCAACCUCCACAAUCUUUGUGA